AUGUUGACGCUGCCAUUCGAGGAACCUCAUUUGAUGUGUGAGCAGCGGUUUGGUGCCAAUUAUCCCCGGGAAGGCUUACCGGAGAGUCUGGAGAAGGAGCGAAAAAACGACGCGGACAGUUCCAACUCAGACAUGCGGGAGGCCGAGGACGACAUCUCCCACAGGGAGGAGGACGAAAGGGACGGCGACCAGGACGACGACGGGCUUCCGAAAAAGCGGGGCCCGCGGAAAAAGAGGCCCGGUAAGUCGGAGACGGACAGGUCCAAAGUGCGGCGCCACGAGGCGAACGCCCGGGAGCGCAGCCGGAUGCACGGCUUGAACGACGCGCUGGAGAGCCUGCGCAAAGUCGUGCCGUGCUACUCAAAAACUCAAAAACUGUCCAAGAUCGAGACCCUCAGACUGGCUAAAAAUUACAUCUGGGCCCUGUCAGAGACCCUGAGCGCCGGGAAGAGACCGGACCUCCUCGCCUUCGUGCAGACUUUGUGCAAAGGAUUAUCCCAGCCCACCACCAACUUGGUGGCGGGUUGUUUGCAGCUGAACGCGAGGAAUUUCCUCACAGACCACAACGGGGAGGUCAUGUUCUCUGGCCGGGCGCCCUACGACGCCAUGUACUCGUACCCCGGCUCGGACGUGAACACGCCCCCCGGCCACAGCGCGGGCAGCUUGGACAGCGGCGCCAAGCCCUUCAGACACUACAGCUACAGCGGCGCGUACGAGCCCUACUACGAGAACCCGUCCCCGGAGGGCGGCAGUCCGCAUUUCGACGGCCAGAUGAGCCCACCGAUGAACUUUAACGGGAUUUUCUCCCUGAAACACGACGAUCCGCCGGAGUACGGCAAAGGCGGCCACUAUGGCAUGCGCUACUGCGGCGCGCCGGGGCGCGCGGCUCUUGCGCACAACUCCAUGUACCGAGUCUCCCCGGAGGGCCGUUUCCCGUACGACCUGCACGUCCGCGGCCAGUCGUUCCAAGCACAGGGGGAAGUCAAUGGCUCCUUCCACAACUAAUCAAUCAGCUGGACGGAGUCCACGUUUCAGAAGCGAUG